AUGGUAAUUGAUGAGGAUUAUCGUGGUGUACCCGUGGCGUUUAUUCUAUUUUCUGCUCCACAUAGAUCUAACAGAACAAGCGCGGGAUAUGACUCCGACAUACUCCACAAAUUGCUGAAACAAUGGAAACAUUUUCUUGAGAAAGAUUCCAUGGUAGAAUUUAAACCGAAGAUGAAUUAUGUCUUUAGCAUUCGUCAAUAUAUUUCAAAUGCCAAAAAAGUCUUAAUGCAUCAAGUGGAACAAUGCAAAGAGCAACUAUCCAACCAAUGUCUUGGAGUUCUCGAGGGCGCUGUAAAAUUUUGUACUUAUCUUGAGGAGGUUUGGCUUGGAGAAUUAAUCUAUGGAUGGUGCAGUUCGGGAAGAAAACAUAUUGCAAAGGAAUGUGGAAUUGAACUCCGUUAUCUCCCCACUACAAAUAAUCAUUUAGAAUCGUUUAAUAACACACUUAAAAGCAUCCACCUAACUCAGUAUCAGCAUCAAGGUAGACGACUACGUGUAGAUUCUUUAGUUGUUUGUCUUAUUAAAUUUAUAAUUCCAGACGUGCUUCUCAAAAGAAAGCUUAAUCACCGAUUGGCUGAACAAUUACAGGAAAGGAAGGAAAAAUACUCGCAAAAUGAUCUAAUAAAAAUUCCACAUCAUGAAUUUGAGACCUGUGCUUUUCAGGUUCCCAGUCCACAACGAGACUCAGAUGCUAAAGUUAUUAUAGAAAAAGGGCUUAUCAGUUAUUUCGAAGAAAAUGCUAAAGAACUUUUUGUUUGGAUAAGAUCUCAACGAAUGGAAAAUACCACUUACAUAGUACAAUUAAUGCCACCUGCUUCCACGUCAU